AUGUCCUAUAAAUGCUCGAGGCACAUCCCAUACGACCAGAAAAUUGGCCUGUACGACGACUACCUGUCGGUCGCGAGUCUCGAAACUCUAACGACUCCGAAGGAAGAAGGCAGCACCGCUCCACCGUCAUUUGAGGCUCUACUGACGUUAGGUCUGAUCUUGUUCUCAUCUACGGCGUUCAAUGAAAUGCGAGCCAUACCAGUGAUCUUCCGAGGACCCAUGGACGCGUUGUACGAAUACUUCAUACGUUUGGACCCAGCCACCCACGAGAUAGGUGACGACUCAUGGAACCAGUGCUAUCAGUGGCUGUGGGCUGUCACUGUGGAUGCUUGGCGAGAUGCGUCUCGAGAGCUCAUGCCGCAAGGACGUCACCUACAAAACCAGUUCUACGAGAGAUACGCUUCGAAUUGGGAGACUUCGCAAGAUCUGGUGGACAUGCUGAAGCAAUUCUUCUGGACAGAAGACCUCGUACAAUUCCAAAAAGCAAGCUUUGAGUCCUUCAAAGCUAACUGGGAAGAACGAUAG